UCAUCAUCAUUAUUUUUGAUAGAAGAUCCCAGCGCAAGGAAAGUUCAGUGCACUCCGGGGAAUGUUAGCCCGAAGACCCAGAGGCAUCUCCUUCACGCGCGCGCGUUUCUCGGGUCCGGGCGCUGCGGCGCGCGCUGGGCACAGCGGCUGGUGCUGCCCCCUCCGCCCCACCUGCGAGCGCCCGGGCCCCGCCAGCCGCGCCAGGUCGCCUCCGCCCAGCGACGGGCCGGGGCGCGCGGCCCCGGGGGCGGACUCCCGCCGCCCAGCCGAGACGCGAUUCGUCACUCUUGCAGAACUUUCCCCCUGAAAAAAAAAAAAAAAGAAAAAAAAAAAUCCCUGCACCAGAACCGGCCCCUCCGCCCCGGGGAGGUUUUGAUUUUAGCGGCUUUCCUGCCUUUUAUUUUGCGUCGCGCGCGCGCCUGGGCCUCGGAGCGAACUCGGGCUGGUGGGAGCGCAGGUCCGCGGCCCCCGCCCCUGCAGCCGGCGCCCCCGCCACCAUGCAGUGCGAGGCGGACGAGCCCAAGGACGUGGCCACAGAUGUCUUCAAUUCCAAAAACCUGGCCGUGCAGGCACAAAAGAAGAUCUUGGGGAAAAUGGUGUCCAAAUCCAUCGCCACUACCCUCAUCGACGACACAAGCAGCGAAGUGCUGGAUGAACUCUACCGAGUGACCAAGGAGUACACCCAGAACAAGAAGGAGGCAGAGAAGAUCAUCAAGAACCUCAUCAAGACAGUCAUCAAGCUGGCCAUUCUCUACAGGAAUAACCAGUUCAAUCAAGAUGAGCUGGCGCUGAUGGAGAAAUUUAAGAAGAAAGUUCACCAGCUUGCCAUGACCGUGGUCAGCUUCCACCAGGUGGAGUACACCUUUGACCGGAACGUGCUAUCCCGGCUGCUGAAUGAGUGCAGAGAGAUGCUCCACCAAAUCAUCCAGCGCCACCUCACUGCCAAGUCACAUGGACGAGUUAAUAACGUCUUUGAUCAUUUUUCAGAUUGUGAUUUUUUAGCGGCCUUAUAUAACCCCUUCGGAAAUUUUAAACCCCAUUUACAAAAACUCUGUGAUGGUGUCAACAAAAUGUUGGAUGAGGAGAACAUAUGAUCCUGUGAAUUCAGACUGUGAGCGCUCGGGAUUUCUUUGAAAACAGAGCACUGCUGAUUUAUGAAGGAAAAAAAUGAAUUUUUUUCAAGAUUACCCACGUUUCAGAAAGACUUCUGCCCAGUUCAGUUGUUAGGCAUUGUCUGUAACGUUUUAUGCAGCUUGUUUUGUUUGAAGAAAAGCAUAUUGCCAAAAAUUCUGAUCAAACGCUCCCUCCCUUACAGUUAGCAGAUCGCGGGAAAGGUAUAUGAUUGUGAUGCAAAUUUGGAGUUAGACAAAGAAAGAUAUGGAUGACACCAAACCUCAAGAUAUGUUUUUUUAGGUCAUUUGUUGUGUCAGUACAUUGGAUAUUUCUCUCGUAUGCAGAGUUUUGUACUUUGAUUCACUCUUGCUCCUUACUAUGUAUGUGUGCCUGUGUUAAAAAAAGCUGAGAAUUUUCUUUUGCUAUCGUUGCUCCUUUUGAGACAAUUUCAAGUCUACCUUUUUGUUAAAUGUUCUUUUGCUAAAGAUUUUAUCAUAGACAUUUAAGAAUUAAGUCUUCAUUGAGAAUUAAGACAUUUAAGAAUUGAGGCAAAGUGAACCGUCAAAAAACGGGAAACUGCUUCUCUGAAAUCAGUAUUGUAGGAACCAACUGUAUCUGACAUUGUAAAUAAUGUCUAAGAUAUGAAUAUGCUUCUGGAGUGGAGUCCUGUUUUUUAGUACCAACAGUGAUACUUCCAAAAUGUGAUCAUUCUUGAAAAUAUGCUGGUGGGGAGAUCUCCAUUUUUAGUAUCCGUUUGGGAUGUAAGAGACACAAAGAAAAAUCUAGGUGGUUCUUAUAAAAGCCAGUGAUGUUAAGAAAAGUACAACUGUCUUUAUUUUAGAGAUGAGCUCAUCAAAAUAAUUUGGGGGGAGGGUAUGGGCCAAAAGGGAAAAAAGCAUAUUGCUGUGGAACAUGAGAAUGAAAAUAAAUGCAUUUCAAUGUUUAAUAAGGUUUGAUAGGUGAAUAAAGAAUGUCACUUUUUUUUAUUUAACUGAUAAGGUUUUUGCUAUUUUGUUAUUUACAAUUUUGAUGAGUAAACCAAAGAAUAUUUGCAUUCUAAG